AUAAUAAUAAUAAACGUCGCAAAACGAUUUUCUAUUAUCCAUCACUUGUGUGAGGAAUUAGGGAAUUGGCGCCCCUGUUGCUCAGAAGGUAGGCCUACUGCACUGCACUGUGCAGAGGAAGGGGCGAAGGGAGGGGUUUGCGGGGGACAGUUCACCUCUGGGUCUCCUUAAUGAAACGGGAAAGGGGGGAUGAAUGGGGAUCCACUGUAUAGUAGCCUACAACAGUCUAUUAGUGGGCUAAAAUCAGUCACACCUUGACUUUCUUCCAAACAACGCACAUCUCAUAAUCUUAUGAAUGCAGACCUAUGAUUCCUGCACAUUUAAUUAACUGUGUGAAAUGGCUAAUAAAAAUAGGUGACAAAACGAUUAAGAGGUCACCCAGGUGAAUUGGUUUGGUCUUGACUGUGGUCGCGAGUGGAUCAUGGGAAUUUGUGGAUUGUUGUCGACUGUCGAGUGCCAAACACGAUGGACAGAAAGCGGUCAAAGCCAUCAGGUGCCCAGUUCCGAAAAAAAAAGAAAAGUAGAAGAGGAGAAACGAGCAAAGGAUAAAGGAAAUGCCUUUGUGGUGAGCCUGGCGAUCGCGGACCUGCUGGUGGCUGUGUACCCCUACCCUCUUGUGCUGACAGCCAUCUUCCACGACGGCUGGAUCGCGGGCAGCAUCCACUGCCAGAUCAGCGGCUUCCUGAUGGGCCUGAGCGUCAUCGGCUCCAUCUUCAACAUCACGGGCAUUGCCAUCAACCGCUACUGCUACAUCUGCCACAGCCUCAAGUACGACAAGCUCUUUUCCAACAAGAACACGGUUUGCUAUGUGCUGCUGGUCUGGGUCCUCACCACCCUGGCCAUCGUGCCCAACUGGUUCGUGGAGUCGCUGCAGUACGACCCGCGCGUCUACUCGUGCACGUUCGCCCAGUCCGUCAGCUCGCUCUACACCAUCACGGUGGUGGUGGUGCACUUCAUCUUGCCCAUCGCCAUCGUCUCGUACUGCUACCUGCGCAUCUGGAUCCUGGUCAUCCAGGUGCGGCGCCGCGUCAAGCCCGACAGCCGGCCCAAGAUAAAUCCGCACGACCUGCGCAACUUCCUCACCAUGUUCGUGGUGUUCGUGCUGUUCGCCGUCUGCUGGGCGCCGCUCAACCUCAUCGGCCUGGCCGUCGCCAUUGACCCACGCCUGGCGCAGACCAUCCCGGAGUGGCUCUUCACAGCCAGCUACUUCAUGGCGUACUUCAACAGCUGCUUAAACGCCGUCAUCUACGGCGUGCUCAACCACAACUUCCGCAAGGAGUACAAAAGGAUCAUACUGGCCGUUUUCAAGUUCCAGUGUUGAAUAAGCUUUUUUUUUUCUAUUUAUUAUCAUUAUUAACAUUAUUAUUCCAUGGGGAUAUUAAGGAGAGACCUGUGACCGUAGGCAGUUUUGUGUGAGAUGCAAUAGGAAGUGUCAGACUCACUAUGAAUGAUGAGCACCUCCAGGUUUUACUGUCACUUUUCAUUUGUCCUGGCUGAUAAUGCAACCCUCUCAUUCUCGAGACCCGAAGUGCUUUUUGAAUGAUGAACUUUAGCCCUAAUGGCUAAAUGCAUUUGAUUGUGUAGCUCAUAUCUCAUGCCUGGCUAUACAUUUGCACUGAAGGGUCUCAUGAUAGAGAAGGGUCUUGGGGUCGAUUUACACACUUAAGCUGGAAAGGGCCUGCUGUCCAGACCAGCACACAGAGUCAUAAAGGCAAUGUUUUUUAAGAAGAGUUGGCACUGCGGUACAGCCAUACAUACCAAAUUGUAUGAAGGAAAAAAGAGGGAAAAAAGAGAGUUUUUAUCUGGGUUUACCACGUCCUUCCUUUUGUAAAUUAAACUAUAUAUCUUGGCUCUUUGCAUGUUUGAAUCAGGAAAAAUGUGUCUCCUGAUUGAAUUAUGGGUGACAAACCAAAGUAACACACCAAGAGCUCUCAUUAUGCCCUCAAAUAAUUAGCUUUUGGCAGCAAUUGAUGUCAUUUUAGAGGGUAGCGCAAGGAUCGACCACUAUGACACAAUUUUCCUUAAUCAAGCACAUUCAUUUGAGAUGAUUUCUCAAAACAAUUACAAAUAUUUUAUUAUGUUAAGUGGGGCCUUUACUUUGUGCAUACUGGAACCUUAGCAACAACUUGUAAUACAGGAGUCUUUUUUUUAUCAUGAGGACAUGAGGCUGUGUAAUAUAUUAUGAGGAGAGAAUAUAUUAUGCGAAAUGGAUAUAUAAAGUAUAUUGUUAUUCUGACAAGAGUGAUAUAUUGUUUUAAUGAGUCCCACAUGUUUGAACACAAUCAAGAGCUCAAAUUUUCCAGUUUCAUAUGAAUAUUUGGUGAUUUGUGGUGGAUAUUUUGUAAUUCUGUUUCCAAAGCAGUUCAGUGCAGCUUUGUGGGAAGAAACAGAGAUUAAAAGAAGGAUGCUACUUGUUUGAAGUCCCCAC